AUGCUGUGCGUUCUGCUUGGCUCGCUGCGCCCAUCGCACGCGCCCUCGCGUGCCUGCCCUCCUGCCGCGUCGCUCGUGCUCUCUGAUGAGGGCGACUGGCUCGCGGCGAGCAAGCCGGCCGGAAUCACCGUACACGAAGGCAGCGACAGCCUGCUGGCGGCGCUCCGUGCUGACGGUUACGGCGAGCUGCUGCCUGUCCAUCGCCUCGACCGCGACACGUCCGGCGUGCUGCUGCUGGCAAAGCGGCCCGAGGCGGCGGCGGCGCUUCAGGCAGCUCUGGCGGAGACGGCCGUGAAGCAGUACCGCGGUGUGCUGGUGGGAGUUCCGCCGGCGAGGCGCGGCAGAUGGGCGGGCGCACUCUCCAACCGCGCCGAGGGCCGACGCAACCCUCGCGGGGUGAGUGCAGAGACGGCCUACGACCUCGUGAGCGACAACGGCUUCCUCGCCAGCGCCGACCUCACGCUCGCCGUCGGUGGCCGCACGCAUCAGAUCCGGAGGCACGCUGCUUCGGCCGGAAGCCCGAUCUUUGGCGACCGCCGCUACGGCAACCCGCGGCGCAACGCGCAGCUGCAGGAGCGGUACGGCUUUGACGGCAUGGCGCUGCACGCGUCGCUGCUGCGGCUCGUGGUGGACGGCGUGGCGUUCGAGUUCGAGGCGCCGCUGCCGGCCUCGUGGAGCGCGCUGGGGGCGCUCGACGGCAGUUAAUCUUAAUGGAGGUCUCGCGUGGACAGAGCGGCAAACGUGUUUUUUACACAGCCACUAAUUCAUUCCGUAGACAACGCCCACACCCGUCUCUCAUAUACACACUCACACACGUCUGUGUCGUGUGUGUGCGGCACUGGCAGGUGUCGCCCGCAAAAGCGCUCGUAGCGAGGUCAUCACCGACGGCGCUUACCAGAGCGAGGCUGUGGCCGGCUGCAGCAGACACGCUCGACUCCGGCUCCACAGCCCAGACCGCCCGCGUCACCGGUGCAGCAAGCUCGGCCUCAAGUACCGGCUCAGCCUCGGCGGCUGCACCUCGAGGGUGGUCGACAGCACGCCGUGGUCGGACGGGAACUGCAGCGUGGGGAAGACCAUGUCCUCGACGUACCGCCUCUCCCCCGUGUUGUCCUUGGUGGUCGAGCGCACCGUGAAGGAGGCCGGAGAGAAGAGCAAAAAGUCCUUUGGGUUCUUGUCGCCCUUGGCCGCCGUCUCGGACUGCUUCGCCGCCUUUUGGAGCUGGGCCUGCAGGUAGGUGCGCGCGUUGUACGUGGUGUGGUUCGUCGGGUCCGGCGUGUCGCCCCAGCAAGAGGUGAGCCCCUUCGCGACGUACGCGCGCGCGAACCCGAGCACGUCCUGCUUGCCCGGCGCCUCGUGCUCAUACGUGUUGGCGUCGAGGCCGAAGAUCAGUCGCCGCUCGGGCAUGCGCGCGGCGAGGGCGGUCACCGCUUCCAGGACGGGGAUGGUGGCCAGGCCGUUGGUGUCCCC